CGUGCCCAGUCGGUUCUCUCUUACUCUCGCUGGAUAAAGGAAAGGUAAACACAGUGGACAAAGACACCGGUUGGAAUAACAAAGGAAGCGGAGAGUAUUUGACCGGAAGCGGAAGUGCAGCCAUUUGCAGUGUCCUCACAAACAAAGAGAUUACUCAUACGCACCAGCGAAAUUACGCAUACGCAUGGUGGGCAGCAAAGGAAACUACGAAUUAAGAAAUUACGCAUACGCACGGGUGUCAGUUGCCUGGUAAUAAGGAAAUUACUCAUACGCCUGAGUGGCCUUUGAUGAGGUGGGUGGUUGCCUAAAAUAACGAAGAACAGAGAUGGGCACUCCUCAUGUCUGCUUUGCCGAUGAGCAGCAGCACUUGCCUCACAAGACCGCCAGCAAUGGCAGCCUGAACAACAACAAUAAUACGAGCAGCAGCGUCAGCGGCAGCGGCAGCCAGUCGAAACUGGAGGUGGUGGGCCACAACAACACACCCUCGCCGGGCGGCAGCCUCAGCGUUUCGCCCACACCCCGCUACGAACGCAAUCUGGGCUUCUUUCGGCAGCUGAGCCGCCGCUUCGGCCUGAGGUCGCAGGAUGACCUAGUUCAGUCGGAUGACGCAGCCAGCGUUGCAACAGCCAGAGGAGCCGGGGUCACGACGACGCUCCAAGAGGAGGACGCGCACAGUUCAUCGACCGACUCGUGCUCCUCGGGGCGUGGCCUCAGCGCCGCUCACCAGUCGCGACUCGAGCUGAUGUCCAUGUCGUGUGCCUCCAGCGAGACGAGCAGCACGCUGGACAUCGAGGAGCAGCAGGAGCAACUGCAGCAGCAGCACCAUCAGCAGCAGUCACAACAGCCACUGCAAUCAAAGAAGAAGCCGAUUAGCCGGGCCAGUUUCUCGCGUCUGCACCGGCGCUCCACCUCCUCGUUGCGUCGCGCCUUCGAGAGCCUUUCGCUGACCUCGCGUUCGCUAUCCUGCAGCGGACCCUCCCCCCCGCCUCCGCCGCCGCCACCCCCAACAGCACUGCCCCUCAAGUCGGCUCUCAAAUCCGCCUCAAAUGUGGAGCUGCACAAGCAGCAGCAUUUGCAGCAGCAACAACAACAUCAUCACCACCACCCAGCGGGCAGGUCAUCAUCAUCAUCGACCAGCAGUUCGUCGUCCAAAAGCAAGGUGAAGCCGCCGCCGCAAAGGAUCCUGCGGCAGCCCGUCUCCUACACAUAUCUCAAAGGAAUGUCCGGUCUGCCGACGCAGCGAGUGCCGCGCAGCUCCGUCUGCUGUCAGUAUGCCAGGCGCUAAGGAUCUCCAACUAAGGCAUAAAUAAACAAAGAUAUCCGGCAAAAGUAAGCUCAGUAUCAGGAUGCACUUAAUCAGCUAAUUAGGCAAUCAAUUUUUUUACCCAGUUAUCUUAUUUUUGAAAUCCAUUAACAUUAUUUUGAAUUAUAUUUUAAGGGUAAGGUAAAUUUUGGUUUUCUCCAUUAUCACCAAUAAAUUUUUAUAAUUUAUUGACCAACCAUCAAAUACUUUUAUGUUAUUAAAUAGUAUUUAUUUAUUAAACAUCAACCACAAAGUCAGUUCACUUAUUUAUAUUUCAGUUAUCCCAAAAAAAACCAACUUUAAACUUAAUUCAAACUUUAGUUUUAAGCAACAAACAAAACACAAACCUCAAAUUUAAUAGUUUCCUAAGGUUUUUAAUUUUUUUUAGAUUACAUUCGAAUACAACCUAUACCAAGAUAUUAUAAUUGUAAGAACCUUAAAAUCCUUACGAUAAGUUAAGAACAUCUUUAAGGAAUUGCAAUUAAUUCUUAUUGCAGAGGCCUAAGAAAUUAAUUACCCCUUGAAAAAAUCAUCAUCAGCUCCCUGAAAUUCAUUUCAAAAUCUGUGAUACAACAAUCGUAAUCCUUACCCUUAUCCUCCCAUUAACUAUUUCCUUUCCAAGUCCAUUAUAUCCAAAAGUCUUCAACAAAACAUCGGCAUAAUUGGAAAAGCUCUAACAAACUUACAUGAUAAAGUUUUAUAAAAAUUUGAAUAACUUUUGCACUUAAUAUAUAAAUUAAAUCGUAGAUGCGUAGAGUUUGUCAGAUAUAGAGCCUAUAUACACACAUUUGUCACCGCUUUGAUGUUAGAUCAAGAUCAUUACACGCAUACCAAAGACUGUAAACGCAAAACAAAAUUAAGAAGAAAUUAAGAAGUUUGAUUGAAUUGAUUGGAAAAGUCACCAUAGAUUUCCUUUUUGUAUAAAUUCUUAUACAAUUCGUGCCUUUAUCAAAAAGUCAAAGCAAAAGAAGAUUCACAUAAUAAACAUUUGUUCCAAGAGAAAAUCACUUAAAAAGUAUAUGAUAAGUUAAAAUAAAUUUCCUUUUUAAAUGUUAAAUGGGAUCAAAAUUUGUCAGGCAUUUAUCUAUGUUUCGCAAUCCUAAGAAAAUCAGCCAAAAAAUGUCCUAAAAAACUUAAAUUAUUUAUUUUAAGACUCUUUAUUCUAAUAAAACUAAUUUGCCAAAAAGAAUUAACACAUUCCAAAAUAUAAUAAACCAGCACUCCAGUAAGUAGAGUUCAGAUGUAGAUGAUAUAUAUAGCAAGUCUAACAAAGCCGCGAAACUGACUUAAAAGUAUUCAACAUAUACAUUACUUUAGCCGUUAUAGACAUUUACAGUUUAUAGAGAAAAAUAUUAAGUAAAAUGCAAACCAAGGCCUAACUAUAUAUACUAUAUAUAUGAAUGCAAACGCAUUGAAUCGCAAGCCAAAGCAAUAAAAGUUGAAGGAUUAUACAGAACAAUAUCAGCAUUAAUAUACAAAUAUAUAUACAGCAGCAUCUACUUAUUAAUAACUAUUUACCUAAGCAGCAGCAAAAGCAGCAAAGAAUUGUAAUCAUCUGAAAGGCCCAUAGCCACAAAGCAAAGAGAGUUCAA